GUAACUAUUUCAUUGAUGUACAGGGUUUUAGCGCGUGAACCACGCGCCCUGCUACAAAUAACGAACGAAACCCCAAAAAUUCCCAAAACCCAUUUCUUCUCCUCCAUUUCUCAGAAACCCUCUCGAAUGACUGAGUCAAUGCCCGCCGUGGAACCGUCGCCGGAGCCUCCGGCGUCCGAUAUCGUGUUCGAUGACUUCUCCACCGACUUCAGCGCCUUCCCCAUCCCCUCCAUGGACUCGCUCUUCAACACUACUGAUGGGCUCCCCUUCCCCUCCGAUCUCGAAUUCGGCAUGGAUUUCAACAACAACAACGGAGAAUUCGAAAUCACCUUCGACGACCUCGAUGACAUCUACAUCCCCUCCGACGCCGAGGAUUUCCUCCUCCCCGACGCCUGUAACCCUAAUUACGCCUCCGUUUCGCCGCCCAUCGACGAUUCCUCCGCGAAGAAUUCCGAUUCCGACGCAUCCGCGGUUUCCGGCGACGGCGUUUCCAGGUUUUUCAAUUCGCAAGUGUCGGAAUCUGAUUCCGCCGAUAAUGUUAGGGUUCCGAGCGUUCCUUCGCCGGAGGCUGAAUUCUGCGAACGGGAGGAGUCUUCCAACGGACCGGUUUCGUCGCAGGGUUCCGGCAACGGCGGAUCGGGUGUAUACGAGGCCAUGCACUCGCCCUCACCUGAUUCUGGCCCUUACGAGAGAGACAUAACAUCGUUUCAUGCACAUGCAGCUACAAACAAUGGUGUGAAAAUGGAGGAAGUUCCAGCUUUUGAUCUGAAGAGGAAGAAAGGGAGUUGCGAGGGAAGUGCUACCAAGCACAGAAGGUUCUCUUCCUCUGUGGAGAAUAAUAAUAAUAAUAAGACUGAGAAACAGUUUCAAUCUGAUUUGAAUGGAAUUGAAGACGAGGAUGAGAAGAGGAAGGCGAGGUUGAUGAGGAACAGGGAAAGUGCACAGCUUUCUAGGCAGAGGAAGAAGCAUUACGUGGAGGAGCUUGAAGAGAAAGUUAGAUCAUUGAAUUCCAUCAUUGCUGAUAUGAGUAGUAAGAUGUCGUAUAUGGUGGCUGAGAUUGCUACUCUUAGACAGCAAGUGGGUGCUGCUGCUGGUGUGAUGUGUCCUCCUCCUCCUCCUCCUGCUCCUGGGAUGUACCCUCAUCAUCCUCCAAUGGCACCCAUGCCUUAUCCAUGGAUGCCAUGUGCUCCUUAUGUUGUUAAGCCUCAAGGGUCUCAGGUUCCUUUGGUUCCCAUUCCUAGGUUGAAGCCUCAGCAACCUGCUUCAGCCCCCAAGAGUAAAAAGAGUGAGAGUAAGAAGAGUGAGGGGAAAACUAAGAAGGUUGCUAGUAUUAGUUUGUUGGGUUUGUUUUUCUUUAUCAUGCUUUUUGGUGGGCUUGUUCCUGUUGUUGAUUUUAGGUUUGGGGGUUUAGUGGACAAUGUUCCCGGUACUGGUAGUUCUAAUUAUGUUAGUGAUAGGGUGUAUGGUCAUGGUGGAGGGAAGGUUUGGUCUUUGAAUGGUCCUAGGAAUGGGUCUGGAAGAGAUGGGGAUGUAGGAUUUUCUAAUGGGAGGUUUAGUGUUUCUGACAGAGUGAAGAAUUAUGAGAAGAGAGGCCGGAAUUUAAGAGAAGAAAGGCAUGAUCGGAAAGGCCCAGAUGAUUCCAGUCGUCAGGGCAAUGCUAGUGAGCCCCUUGUUGCUUCUCUGUAUGUUCCUAGGAAUGAUAAGAUGGUGAAGAUUGAUGGGAACUUGAUUAUCCAUUCCAUUAUGGCCAGUGAGAAAGCCAUGGCAUCUCAAACUGCUGAGGCAAAGAAGGACAAGAGGGAAACUGGGUUGGCCAUUCCUAAGGAUUUGGAUUCUGCAUUGGCUAUUCCUGGAGUUGGAAGAAGCAGAGAUCAACAUCCACAUGUGUAUAGGGUUUCUCCUGAACAGAGGAAGGCUCUUGGCUCUGGUUCAACCAAAGCUUUGAAGGACCAUAUGAAGUCCUCUGCAACUGAUGGUAAAAUGCAACAGUGGUUCCGUGAAGGUCUUGCAGGGCCAAUGUUAAGUUCUGGCAUGUGCACUGAAGUUUUCCAGUUUGAUGCUUCUCCAAGUCCUGGAGCAAUAGUUCCUGCAACAUCAGUAGCCAAUGUUUCCACCGAAAACCAUCAGAAUGCUACCAGUGUUAAGAAGACCAGGAAUAGAAGAACCCUUCAUGAGCUCCCAGAGCCGCUUAAUGGGUCUAGUCUGAACAUAACUGAAGAACAAGUGAAAAAUUUGCAGAAAGACCACUUCCAUGGUAACAAGUCUUCUAUGGUGGUUUCAGUCCUUGUUGAUCCCAGAGAGGCUGGUGAUGGUGAUGUUGAUGUUGAUGGCAUGAUGAGGCCAAAGUCACUCUCUCGGAUUUUUGUGGUUGUGCUAAUUGAUAGUGUCAAGUAUGUCACUUACUCGUGUGGUCUGCCUCGUGCUUCUCCUCAUUUAGUGACUGGUUAUGUAUGACAAUCCAUCCUUCGGUAAAAAGUUUUGAUGCAGCCGAAGCAUCUAACCUGAGUUGUUCUAGUUUCUGUAACAAAGGAUGUGGGGGACUGGGAAGGAAAGAAACUCAUCUCCAGUUUUGUACAUAUUAACAUAUUUAAAGUAGCAGUCUUAAAAAUGUACCUGAGAGAAUUUAGAAGCUGGGCUUGACCAACUGCGUGUACUGAGUUGAGACCUUUCUUAGAAACUUAAUAAUAUAUGCCCACCUUAAGUUUAAAAGUGGAUCCCUUGUCAUGCGUUGUUGAAUUUAUAGUUGAAAUGUGUUUGGCUUGAUUUUGGAUA